UAAGAUGAAAAUAAUGGAAUCUAUGUCCAAUAACCAGCCGCCAAUCAAUGUUAUCUCAGAAAUGCUUGAACAAACGACUCUAGCAAACAAUAGUACACAAGCCGAUGACAUUGAAUCUACGAUCAUGUAG